GUAUUUUCUUGGCAAAAAUACAUUAAUAAAUUGUGGGUACGUGCCAGAGAAAGCUGUUGAUGGAAGAGAGAUAUCUGAAUUUCGGAAUCUGAGCUGUUCUCCAGUGGGUGCUGAAGCAUUUCCUAACAAGAAGCAAGAAUCUAAUUUCAGCAGAGUGUUGGACUGGUUGUAUUUCUUUGGUGUUUUCACAAGGCAUCUUUGCCUUUUCUUGGAAAUGGACAAAUCGGUUCUCACAUCCUUCUUUUCCCUUACUUUGCAGCCUAACUGUAUCUGCACCUCCAAUCCCUUACUCUUUUUUUUUUUUCUUUUUUCCAUCCCCUUUUAAUUGUAAUUCAAUCUCUUCCAACUCAUGAUCUCUUUUCUCUUUCUGGCACUCCCUCGGUUCUUUCUCUCUCAUUAGUUUAACUUGAGUUAAUUAGGAAUUGUAGGCAGCCCUCAAUCUGUUGUGUGUUAAGAUAGAACAAUCCGAAACAGAGAGGCACAGACACAACUAUGUGAUUUCAUUGUCUAAAGGAGACAGAAAACCAGUGGGGAUUCUCUUAUCUAGACUAACAUCUUCUCGAUGGUUAUUAUAACUGGCUUUAAAAUGUUCUGCAAAUGCAGAUCUAGGAUAACAAUCCUUCCAAGUCUCUUUUUUCUUUUUUUUUUUUUUAUUUUGUCUUUGGUAAGAAUGAGUGAAUUGGAUUGACAUGGAGGUGAUAGUGGAAGAGAAAUAGUCUACACGUCAAAAUGACAAUGUGUAUUACAUGGUUAACAGAAUGAGUGGUACGUGCAAUGGCUGUGGGUAUUUUCAUAUGCUGUGUUGUACAAUAAGCUCCUUUUUUUUCGCAAGUGUAUCAUCAAGAUCACUCCCAAUUCAAUGCAGAUUAAGUGUUUGCUUGAAGGAUCUCUUUCUAUGAGAAGUAUCACAUGAUAAAUGUGGAACUGAAGUUAGGAUCUAAGUGUUUACUUGUUAUUAUUGCUGAAUUGUGUAUAUAUAUAGAGGUCAUGCCUGGCAUUCUCACUGUAGUGCUGAUUACAAACCUUAGGGCAGAGUGUGCUGUGGAAGUGAAAUAUAACAGAUCUAAGAAAUCAAGUCCUGAUUGUACAGCUGCCUUCAAGUACAUGAAGAACUUCACUUAAAAUCUGCGGACUCGACUGCUGAGGGAAAGCAAUUUUACAGGAACAUCAUCAGACUCUUCAACUGAAAAUAUGAAGAAGCAAGGUUCAGAGAGCAACCAUGCUCCAGUUUUGCCAGAGCUGCCAGAGCCAAUCAAAGAUCUGAAAGUGAAGUACACCAAGAUAUUUAUAAACAAUGAGUGGCAUAAUUCUGUCAGUGGCAAAAAGUUUGAAGUCUUUAACCCUGCAAAUGAAGAGAAAAUCUGUGAAGUUGAAGAAGGUGACAAGGCAGAUGUGGACAAGGCUGUUAAAGCAGCUAGAAAAGCUUUUGAGCUUGGGUCACCCUGGCGUACAAUGGAUGCUUCAGAGCGAGGAAGGCUCUUGAAUAAACUAGCUGACUUAGUUGAAAGAGAUCGGCUGAUUUUAGCUACAAUGGAAGCCAUUGAUGGUGGGAAACUCUUUUCCACUGCCUAUCUAAUGGAUUUAGGUGCCUGUGUCAAAACAUUACGCUACUGUGCAGGCUGGGCUGAUAAAAUCCAUGGGCGAACUGUACCAAUGGACGGAAACUUUUUUACAUUUACAAGACAUGAGCCUAUUGGUGUGUGCGGCCAAAUUAUUCCUUGGAACUUCCCAUUGGUUAUGUUCAUCUGGAAGAUCGCCCCUGCUCUUUGUUGUGGAAACACAGUGGUUGUCAAACCAGCAGAACAAACUCCACUGACUGCCCUUUACAUGGGAUCGUUAAUUAAAGAGGCUGGAUUUCCACCUGGAGUUGUGAACAUUGUGCCAGGCUUUGGACCCACCGCUGGAGCAGCAAUUUCUCACCACAUGGAUGUAGAUAAAGUAGCUUUCACAGGCUCUACAGAGGUUGGCAAACUGAUUAAAGAAGCAGCAGGGAAGAGCAAUCUGAAAAGAGUUACAUUGGAGCUUGGAGGAAAAAGUCCUAACAUUAUAUUUGCUGACGCAGACUUGGACACCGCUGUGGAAUUUGCACAUAUUGGUCUGUUCUACCACCAGGGACAGUGUUGUAUAGCAGGAUCUAGGAUUUUCGUGGAAGAGCCUAUUUAUGACGAGUUCGUUCGACGAAGCAUUGAACGAGCAAAGAAGUAUACUCUUGGAAAUCCUCUGUUGCCUGGUGUACAACAAGGCCCUCAAAUUGAUAAGGAGCAGUUUCAAAAAAUUCUGGAGCUAAUUGAAAGUGGGAAAAAAGAAGGAGCCAAACUGGAAUGUGGAGGAGGUCCGUGGGGAGACAAAGGUUACUUUAUCCAGCCUACAGUUUUUUCUGACGUUACAGAUGACAUGCGCAUCGCUAAAGAAGAGAUAUUUGGGCCUGUUCAACAAAUCAUGAAGUUUAAAACCAUAGAUGAAGUUAUCAAGAGGGCAAAUAAUACUACCUAUGGCUUAGCAGCAGCAGUUUUUACCAAAGACAUUGAUAAGGCACUGACAUUUGCAGCUGCUCUUCAGGCUGGAACUGUAUGGGUUAAUUGUUACAGUGCAAUGUCUGCUCAGUGCACUUUUGGAGGAUUUAAGAUGUCAGGAAAUGGACGAGAAAUGGGAGAAUAUGGCCUUCAUGAAUACACAGAAGUUAAGACUGUCACAAUCAAAAUCCCACAGAAGAACUCAUAAUGCUGCUUGCGGUGCAGAAUUUAACAUCUUCAAAUGAAUCUGAAAAAGUUAUCUGAAUUCGGAAAGGUUUUGUGUCCCAUAUUAUUCAUUAACCUUGAUUUCUAAUUGUGUGCUUACGUUAACAAUAUAAAGGCUAUUGUUGAAAAUUUUAGUGUCAUUAACUGAGAAAAGGAAACCUUAAUGUCUGGUACACAGCUGAGUGAUGUUUAAAUUCAUGUUGAGAAAAAAUUACUUUUAUUUUCAGUGGAAAGUGUCUAGUGCUGUGAAAAUACUGCUUUUUCAAUAUAUCCUACAGGUACAGUUUGAACUUAUGUGCUCUUCUAAAUGUUAGAUGGUGAACUCUUUGCAUUUUCUUGUCUUUGUGACCUUAACAAAAGCACUUACGAGUAAUUACCAGAUAGAUAUUCCCCUAUGUCUUUAAAAAUAGUAGACUUUUUUUAGAUGCAUUUCUUAGACUAUUGAAUUGUUCAUCAUACUACA